GAGGGAAAAAAAUCAGAGACAGAUAAAAACGCAAAGACACAUUAAUCCAAAUACCAAAUUUCCGGCUAUAUAUUUAUUUGCGUGUUUACACAAUGUAUCCCUCGCUCUCUUGCUCUGCAUCUCGAACUUCGACAAAAUAUAAAAACGUAUCGGUUAUUAGCUCACAAGCGGACGCACACGAAAUUCGUGGCCAUUAAUUUAGACGAUAAUAAUCCCCGUGUUUGGCAGCUUCGUACUCAUUCUGUGAUCCGACAAUUACACAUCGCCCGUCGUUACACACCUUCGUAUACUUUUCGAACGAAAGAAAGUGAGGAGCGAGUUUUCUACGCCCGUUACAUAUACAACGCCGACGACGAGGUCGCCUUUUUGCCUGGCCCCUGUCCUCCUCGUCGACUACCAGCCACGCGAUUUACACACGUAUGAAAAAAAUAAAAAUAAAAAUAAAAAAUAUAAAUAAAAAAAAAAUAAUUAAAAAAAAAAAAAAUUUUAAACACGACCACAAGCGAGAGAACCAGAAACAGAGCGAGAGAGAGAGGGAAACAGGAAAUAAAUGUGAAAAUAAUUUGAAAUAAUAUUCAAACGCACACUGACGAACGAAAUUUGUGUUUUUUUUUUUGUUUAUCCGAAUUGAAAAUUUAAUACGGAUUAAAAGGGAGAGACGUUACACUCUCAAUCGGCUCAAGCUGCACACUUUGUUUUUACUGAUAACCCUUCCGCCGCACGGGAAUAUUAAGCAUCGAGUGCGAGUUACCGCAGUCACGGCAUUCCGCGGGAUCGCCCCGCGUGAUCUCUUCACUACCGGGAAAGAUAUUCUCACCCACACGCACACACACACACACGCACACAAACACGCACACACUUAAAUAUCGAAUUUUACACGCGCAGCGAAUCCUCACAGGCUGAAAUUUUUGUGCGGUUUUAACUCAUGUAUAUCAUGUGCGUAGAUUCAUUGGCGAGAACGUUCGAGAUGAUUAUCCAAAUACUGCUGUACUCGUGCCGCCGGUAACUCCGCAGUGGCCGGUGCAGCUGAGAACUAAGAUGAUAUAUUCGACCCGGGAGAGGAACUCUUAACGGCUAGCCGAAGAUCCGAAACGAGCUCUUCCUUUCGUUGGAAUCCAAGUGGCCGUAACAGAGGAAGAAAAUACCAGAAACACACACACACACAUUCCCACAACGCUUCGCAGUGCAUCCCCUGAAAAAUGACGAAGAGAUUCGAGUUCAAUUGGCAAAUCGAAGUGCCGGAGCCGCUGAGAAUCGGCUGCGUCUUCGAUCGGUGGACCGAGGAAAAGGACAACAUUGAUCUCGAGCUCAAUUGCACGUUCAAGGUCGACGAGUAUGGCUUCUUCAUAUACUGGCAAAGCGAAGGCAAGGAUGGUGACGUCAUCGAACUCUGUCAAGUUAGUGACAUACGAGCCGGUGGCGUACCGAAGGAUCCAAAGCUUUACGACAAAUUGGUUGGGAAGCAUGGAGAACAGCUCGAAGAGAAGAGUUUGACCAUAUGCUCGGGUGUUGACUAUACCAACAUAAAUUAUCAGCACGUCGUCUGUCCGGACAUCGCAACCGCCAAGACUUGGCUCGCUGGGAUCCGGAAAAUCACUCACAACGUCAAAGCCAACAAUGUUUGUCCUCUGACAUGUCUGAAAAAGCAUUGGAUGAGGUUACGGAUGCUGGUCGACCCCAAUGGCAAAGUACCUGUGAAGGUCGUCGCGAGGACCUUCGCUUCCGGAAAAACCGAAAAACUCGUCUACCAGUGUCUCUCGGACCUUGGCCUGCCUAAAGAAAAGAACGACGUUAUCGAGCCCGAGGAUUUCACUUUCGAUGCUUUUUACGACCUCUACCACAAGAUUUGUCCGAGAAAUGACAUAGAGGAACUCUUCCAAUCAAUAACGCAGGGAAAAGCUGACACGAUAAAUCUUGAACAGCUGAUAACAUUUCUGAACGAGAAGCAACGGGACCCGACCCUGAAUGAGAUCUUGUAUCCACUUUACGACAAGAAAAGGGCGUCGGAGAUAAUAAACGAUUAUGAGAAGAACGAGACAGCGAGAAAUCAAAAAACAAUGACCAAAGAUGGUUUCAUAAGGUACCUGAUGUCUGACGAAAAUGCACCAGUCUUUCUCGAUAGACUCGAUGUUUACAUGGACAUGGAUCAACCACUUGCACAUUAUUACAUAAACUCCAGUCACAAUACUUAUUUGAGUGGUCGUCAGUUCGGUGGUAAGAGCAGCGUCGAGAUGUACAGACAAGUUUUACUGGCCGGAUGCAGGUGCGUCGAGCUAGAUUGUUGGGACGGCAAAGGCGAGGAUGAGGAACCGAUAAUAACUCAUGGUAAAGCGAUGUGCACCGAUAUACUCUUCAAAGAUGUGAUUUAUGCUGUGAGGGACACAGCAUUCGUAACUUCCGAAUAUCCAGUCAUACUGAGCUUCGAGAAUCAUUGCAGCAAGGGACAACAGUACAAACUCGCCAAAUAUUGUGAUGAGAUUCUCGGGGACCUGUUGCUCCGUGAACCUCUCAAGGAAUACCCGUUAGAAGCCGGUGUACCUCUUCCACCACCCAGUAUGCUCAAGCGGAAGAUCCUCAUAAAGAACAAGCGACUCAAGUCCGAAGUUGAAAAACGAGAACUCGAACUAUUCAAACAGGGACAAUUCGUCAUAGAAGAUGAAGUCAAAGAAGACCCCAGCGCACCGCCAACAGUUGCUGCAGUUGUUGAACAACAAUCAGUGGAUUCGGACGUUUUCCAAGAAGAAGUCGUAUCCGUUGAUGUUGUGGUCGCUUCCACGCAAAAACAUUCGUCACAGAGUGGACCCGGGCCAGCAGGUCUCGGUGACAGUUUGGAACUCGCUGUCGUCCAGCCUUAUACCGGAAGUACGACAAACGUCCAUCCCUGGCUAUCAUCAAUGGUCAAUUAUGCCCAACCCAUCAAAUUUCAAGGCUUCGACGUUGCCGAACAGAAAAAUUGCCAUCACAACAUGUCUUCCUUCGCCGAAACAUCGGGCCUAAAUCAUCUCAAGACAUCGGCUAUCGAAUUUGUUAAUUACAAUAAACGACAAAUGAGCCGAAUUUAUCCAAAGGGCACUCGAGCAGAUUCUUCCAAUUAUAUGCCACAGGUUUUUUGGAACGCAGGUUGCCAAAUGGUCUCUCUCAAUUUCCAAACGGCCGACCUCCCGAUGCAAUUGAAUCAGGGAAAAUUCGAAUACAAUGGAUCUUCCGGUUAUUUACUUAAGCCUGAUUUCAUGAGGAGGGCGGAUCGAAGCUUCGACCCUUUUGCCGAAAGUCCUGUAGAUGGGGUCAUUGCUACUCAGUGUAGUGUGCAAGUAAUCGCGGGACAAUUUCUUUCCGACAAGAAAGUAGGCACUUACGUAGAGGUAGAAAUGUACGGAUUACCGACAGACACAAUAAGAAAAGAAUUCCGAACGAGGACGGUACAGGCGAACGGUCUAAAUCCGGUAUACAACGAGGAGCCAUUUCUCUUCAGAAAAGUCGUUUUGCCGGAUCUCGCAGCGUUACGUUUCGCCGUAUAUGACGAAUCCAAUGGUCGUCUUCUUGGCCAAAGAAUCGUUCCACUCGAUGGCCUACAGUCGGGCUAUCGCCACAUUGCACUUCGUACAGAGGCCAAUUUUCCAAUGUCCCUUCCAAUGCUCUUUUGCAACAUAGAGAUUAAGAUUUACGUGCCAGAUGGUUUUCAAGAUCUUAUGGAUGCCUUAACGGCUCCAAAAGCAGCGAGGAAAACAGAUGUAACGGCUCAAGCUAAAUUGCGAGGUUUUGGUAGCGAGGAUAGUGAUACAAAAGGGAUGGGAGAUUCCUCGCAGUCUCGCCAUUUGCAAGAAGCUGCCAAAGCGAGAGAAAUAAUGGAAUUCGAGCCAAUAACUGGCGAUUCGCUGCGUCAGGAAAAGGGCUAUCAAAAAAUGGCUCGCAAGCAACAAAAAGAUCUCGACUCAUUGAGGAAAAAACAUCAAAAGGAAAAGCUUACCGUCCAAAAGCAACAAUGCGCUGCAAUUGAAAAACUUAUAAAAGGAAAAAACAAAGCGGAAUUGUCGAGGGAUCCGAUAGUCCGCCGAGCAGUUUCGGAGCAAACAGCCCAAUGGUCGCACCUCGCGGAGCGUCAGAGAUGCGAAGAGCGCGAGCUCGUGCGCUCUCACCUCGAGGAACGACGCGAUCAAUUGCGAAAGCUUUGUACAGCCGCUCAAUCGGCCCAAACGAAGCAGCUGGCGGCGAGACACGAUCGAGAAAUAAAAGAGAUGAAGGCACGCCAAGCAAGGCUCUCGGUGGAAUCGACCCGCGAAGUUAUGAACGACAAAAGCCUCAAAACUCGAGGCAUCAAGGAAGGCAGACUGAGGGAAAAACAGCAAAACAAUACGAAAAAAUUUAUGGAAGAACGAAGAGUUGCACAAAAGAUUCAAGAACGUGAGAAAGAGAAACUUAGAAUGAUUCACAAUGAGCAAAUCGAGGAAUUGCAAAAGGACAUUAACGUGGCAAUGGAAACGUACAAGAACGAGGAGAUAGAGUACGAGUUGGGUCCAAAGAACGAGUUCUACGUCUGAUGAGAAUGUCGUCCUGGUUGAGACGUUGAAAAACCUUCCUGACGAUUCUUAGUUUAACUGAUAAACAUGGAAUUAAUACGGUAGUAGAAGGUUCACUCGGAGAAACAAAGAAUCUCGGAGAAACGACGAGUGAAAAAAACACACACACACACACACACACACACACACGCGCGCGUGCGAGUACGACCUUCGAAACCGUAAGAUUAAUUUAUUACUAUCGUUAUAAAAGCGUUAAGAAAGAAAGAAACAAAACUAUUGGAAUUGGGAACAAGUUCGAGUCUUCGCGUUAGCGCGCGGUCGUUUCUCGACCUGUCCAGACGCCAAUCGGCGUCGUGAUGAAAACAACAAAAACAACCAACAGUACGAUAUUCAAGCAACAAAACCCUACAGGAAAAACCUAAACGAAAUAAAUCUAAAAUAAUAGAUACAAAUAUACGUGUAUAUAUAUUCUUGUAUUUGUAGAUAUUCUACAGAUGUGGGCAUAUACAUAUUACAUAUACAGGAUGUGCCAAGAUCAGUGACGCAGAACGUGAAUAAUUCGAGCCCAGAGACGAGAUCCGAGUCGAAAAAUCCUGAGAAGUUUUAAUUUUCCUCGAAAACUGAAGAAACGGUUGACAAUAGAGCAAAAUUCGAUAGGACCAAUGUUGUAGAGAAUUGAAUUUCCUAUAAAAAAGUUCCCGGCAGCGUCGUCGUAUCGCCGGUACUUUAGGCCUGAGAGCGCAUGGGACGAGGCCUGGAUUUCCACGCCGCAGAAAUCGGUUCGGACGAGGUUUUUUCGACGGGCUCUCGAGACCAAAGUAUCGAAGGAAGAGAAAUGGUCGUAAGGACCUUUUUCGUAGAGAAUUCGAUGCUCUACAAUAUUGCUCCUAUGAUAUUUCGCUCUAUCUGCAAGCGUUGAAGCGCCAUGUGCCAUAGAACGAGAACACUUGUUCGUCUCACUCCAAUCGAAAGUCCUUUCCAAAUGUUUCAGCUCGGAAUUCGAGUCUGCGCUUUAAAUUUCACCAACGAACAUUGCUCCUGGAAUAUUCUGCAUAUGCGUGUAUUUACAAGUAAUCGUAGCUAGUUCAUCUACCCUCAAUAUUUUUUUAUAAGAGUCUCAUCCCACGUGGUAGCGCGAGCGAGUAGACCGAGCAGUCAAUAACUAAAAAACGUGAUCUAGUCAAGUCUUUAUAGAUUAUAAUUAAUGAAGAGAUGAGUUAACAAAAGUACAGAUAUAAGUUACGAAAGAGAAUAACAACAAGAUACUGUGUCGUAUCAUUAGCGAGGGACAUUGUGCGAGAAACUGCGCUGGGAAUAUUUCCUACCGGAAAUUGAUUCUCUCGCCAAACUCCCCACCGCCCCUCCACGUUUCGCCUCGAGUGUCUCUCCUCAGGUUUCCUAGUUCGAAUAUAAUGUUAUUGCCUAACGAAUUCUAUUGAAAAAACAAAAAUGAAAAGCAAAGAAAAAAAAAAUAAAAAUAAGAAGAAGAAAAAAUCAAGAUAAUUAAAUGAAAAACAGAGUAUAAUACACACAGUGCAGAAAUAAUGAUGCAACAAAACGAAUAGAGCAUUGUUCUGGAAGCUAUGAUUAUUAAUAUUAAUUCAUUAUUAUUCAUAAUGAUGGAGAUAUUGGUGAAAUUAAACGUGAAAUUUCGACUUGCGGAGUUUUCAGUUUCGAUAUUCAUUCCCAAUUGGAGUUUGGGCUCGAAAUGGUUUUUCAAUCGGUAAUCGAGUCAGUUUGAGCUUGAGGUUAAGCCUGAAUAUUGAUCAAAGCUUCGAAAAGACAUCGGAAUUGAGGAAAAUUCAAUGGAAAGCGACUUCGGAGGGGAUCCUGAGUCCAGAAGAUUUAUCGUUUUUCAAGCAGGAAAAUAUCGAAUAUUUUCAGCCACGAGCUGAUUUUUAGCAUGAAUCAAUUGCUGGAUUUUCCAAAGGUGCGGAUAAGCAGCUCGAUAUAUAAUUUCGAAAAGAUUAUUUUCGUUUGAAACUCAAUGAAAAUCUCACAAAUUUGAUAUAAAUCUGAGAGUCCGGUUCAGGCUGACCUCUUGAGUCGUUCAAAGCGAAAGAAAGUUUCUCAGACAAUGAUUUAAGACUGAUGGCAAAUAGCAGGAAAAUCGAAAUUUCAUUGGAACGAAAUAUCUCUGUCCUAAGAGUAAAGUACCUUGCUGGAGUUGAUUAAAGAAUUUUAGUCUUCAUUCGAGACUCCUCGAACUUAAACUCGUGCAGAUGUGAAAAUACGAACGAGAGGGAGGGAGAGCUUUUGUGAAACGAAGGAAAAAGGAUACAAAAUCCAAUCGAGGAGGAGUUGUACAUAAAAAAAAGUCACGAAACUUUAAACACACAAACAAAAUCUUUCGAGCACGAGAAUUUAGCGUUAUGACGAUUUUUCGUAAAUCGUUGUUUUCACUAUAUAAUAAUGUUAUUUACGUAAAUUAUUAUUUUAACCUGUAUAUUAAACGAAAAAAUUACGAGUCGAGAACGUUUGAGAGAAGGAGAGAAAAUAAAGGAGUCCGUGGAUCGAGGAGGAGAAUAAAAGUUGAAGGAAUGAAAAAACUGAAA